AGCGAGGCGGAGGUCUACCUUGUCGCGCAGUGCUCCGAUGGAGGAGUCCGACGACCGCCUCCGCGCGCUGAGGGCCUUCGACGACACCAUGGCCGGCGUGAAAGGCCUCGUCGACGCAGGCAUCACCGCCGUCCCCGCCAUCUUCCACCACCCACCGGACUACUCAGACUACCCCCACGCUCCUCGCUUCACGGUCCCGGUAAUCGACCUCGCGGCCGGCGUGCCGCGGGCCGAAGUGGUCGGCGCCGUGAAGUCAGCAGCGGAGACGGUGGGCUUCUUCCAGGUGGUGAACCACGGCUUGCCGCGUGAGGCCAUGUCAGGGAUGCUCGCGGCGGUACGCCGCUUCCACGAAGGCGAGGCGGCCGGGAAGCGGGCGUACUACAACAGGGACGUGGCCGGCGGGAGGCGCGUGAGGUACCAGAGCAACGUGGACCUGUUCCGCUCGCCGGCGCCGGCCAACUGGCGCGACACCCUGUUCCUGCAGGAGCUGCUCGCGCCGCCGCCCGUGGGCCCGGCGCCGGAGGAGGAGAUCCCGCCGGCGUUACGGGGCGUUGCGGCGGAGUACGCGGGGCUGGUGCGCGCGCUGGGCGGCGCGCUCCUGGGCCUGCUGUGGGAGGCGCUAGGCCUCCCCCGCGGGCGCCUGGAGGAGCAGGAAGACGCCAUGUGCCUGGAGGCGCUCAGCCUGGGCUGCCACUACUACCCGCCGUGCCCGGAGCCGCACCUCGCCCUGGGCACCGCCGCGCACUCGGACCCUUGCUUCCUCACCGUGCUCCUCCAGGACGCCAUCGGCGGCCUCCAGGCGCUCGUUGACCUCGACGACGCCGGUGCUCGGUCGUCCUCCGUGUGGGUGGACGUACCGCCGGUGGACGGCGCGCUGGUGGUCAACGUCGGAGACUUCCUGCAGCUCAUGUCCAACGAUAGGUUCAAGAGCGUGGAGCACCGGGUCCUGGCCAGCGCCGUCGGGCCUCGCGUGUCGGCCGCCUGCUUCUUCCGGACGCACGCCGCCGCCGCGUCCGCGAGGGUGCUCCGGCCAAUCGUGCCCGGCCCCGGCGACGGAGGCGCGCGGUACAGGAGCGCCACGGUGGAGGAGCUGCUCCGGCAGCACUACAGGGUCAAGACCGGCCUCCACGGCCGCUCUGCACUGCAACACUUCAGGCUCUGAUCGCCCAAUGGCGAAAUUAGUUUCAUCUUGGAUGAAUUUAUCCUGGGAUGAUGUUGCAUCUCUUGUCGUUCAGCAGUCCAAACAUCAUGGAUAUGGAUGACUGAAAGAAACAAUAACUAUCAGUUAGCUUGCACUGUCAAUUUAUUGUGAAAUCUAAGCCAUACUGGCAUACUGCUUUGGAGAUCAAAGUCCAAAUUGUAGCAGGGAGACAGUCGGAAUCUGAAUUUGGGGCGGCAAGUUAUGCUUUUCUAAUAGAAAUUUCAGUUUGACAUGAUGA